UGUCAGUCGGUGCACAGAGCCGUCCUGUGGCUCGACGUGAACAAACUAGAGGCUUUUGAGGUCAGCUUCUGCUCCGACAGACCUCUCACUGUGAAGGCAAAGAUUUCAGUGCAGGUCAAGGACAACCAGUACAGCAAUACCAUCAUUUUGGUGACAGCGGAGGCUUACCAGGAAAUCGUCUCACUCGAUUACAUCAGCAGGCCGAUUCAGGACGUGGAUCAGGAGGAGGAAGGAGAAGGGAACUGUGAGGUGCUGAACUUUGGUGACUGCCAUGUAGACUGCCAACACCAGGAGAGUUUCACCUUGAUCAACCACAGUAGCGACCAGGUGGUGAGAUUCGAGUGGCCUCCUGGCGGAUCUCAUGUCAGCUUUUCACCUCAGGUCGGGCACCUUCAUGCUGGAUGCUCCAAAGAAGUGAGCGUUAUCUUUUGUUCCAGUCAGCCGGUGACUCUGAAAAGCAAGUCAAAGAAAUGCAAGUUUUGCCGGGUGGAGUUCCAGCAGCCUCUGGAGCAGGUGGCCGACUGGGACGACCGGCAAAGGACAGUACAGUGGCAAAGCCCUUCAAAGGUGGUGCAGACCGAUCCUGAGCCCAGCUGCUCUGUGGUGGAUGGCUCUCAGUGGGAGCUGGAUUUGCUCAUCAGUGCAGUCUGUGACUAUGCCAAGUUCAGCUGCUCCAACAACACCAUCCACUUCAAAGACACAAUGCUUUUUCAAACCAGGGUUCACCAGCUGCAGAUUGUGAACGAAGGCAGCGUGAAAGUAGAUUACGCCUGGCAGGUCCUGAUGGAUUCGAGCAGCAGCUCAGGGAGUCGGGAUGGAGAUUCGCUGACUGCAGCUCGUCCCUCCAGUGCUCUGCUCAGAGUGGCCACUCUCCUAACGGUUAACCCUGAGCUGCCCGCUUUCACCGUGGAACCCAGUGCAGGAACCAUUAUUCCUGGUGCCACGCAGGACUUCAGCGUCCGCUUUUCACCAGUGGAGCUGGCUCAGUUUCAGGGAAGGCUGAUCUGCAGCAUUCCCAACUUGCAGGAUGGGGAUCUUGCUCCCUGUAUCCCGGUGUUUGGCCGUAGCCUGCUGCCCCACUGCCACUUUGAUUUUGAGGACUCAGACUACAUCAGCGGCCAUCGCCGCAGGGUCAGGAGCCCUGUGGACCUCAACAGUCGAGUUUUGGAGUUUGAAGCUGUUGGCUUCUCCACACCAUCAAAGAGUGUGCUGAACCCAACCAGUCGGACCUACUCCUUCAAAUGGAGGUGUGAAGACGACAGUGCCAGUCCUUUCCGCUGUCUCAGCCCAUGUGGCUCCAUCCUACCUGGGAAGAGGACUCAGGUGUGUUUUGAAUAUAUUGCAGAUCAGCCGGAUACUGUGGAGUCCUUCUGGACUUUUGUGAUCGAGACUGUGUCGCUAUCUGUUCCCUUCCUGUUGGUGGGCACCACCAGAGAACCACUCGUUUAUUUUCAGAGGCCUCACCUUGAUCUUGGAGAGCUGCUUGUUGGCCGUCAAGCAGAGCAGACAGUGGCUCUGGUGAACGGAGAGCUGGAGCCCCUCAGCUUCUCUGUCCUGCCGGAAUCUCUUCUUUCUGAGGAUCAGCUGUCAGGUCUCAUUGUGCAUCCCAUGAGCGGCACGGUGGCACCCAAAGACAGGCUGCCGCUGUUUGUGUCACUCACGCCUUCCCUGGAGGCCCAUGUGAGUUUCAGGGUGACCCUUAAGGUGAAGUGCAGGUCAGAACCACUCACGCUCACCGUUAGGGCCGAUUGCUUUGCCAUGAGUGCCACAGUUCAGAUUGAGCAGCCUGACGGGGGCCUCAAAGAUGUUUCCCCCAACCACCAAGACAUUUUGGACUUCGGAAAGGUGGGCAUUUCAGAGCAAUCCACCUUUAAGUUGCUGGUGUCCAAUUGUGCAAGAUUCAGCCUUGAGGUGAACUUUGAAUUAAUGGGUCCCGGAGAUCUUCUUCAGCACUUGGAGGCAAAGCCUCAAACUGCAACCAUUGAGGUGGGGAAGCAGCUGCAGUCGUUACUCUUCUUCAGUCCGCAGAACAUUUGCAACCUCCAGGACGUCAGCCUUAAUGUCAAGGUGAAGUUUGGGCCAACAUUUACAUUCACCGUUAAAGGUGGGGCGGUAGCACCCAGCCUGGAGUUCUCCUUCAACAAGUUCAACUUCGGCAGGUGCUUCCUGUCCUGCCCCGGCAUGCAGCCGCCGUCCCAAACUCUGGUGAUCAGCAACAAAGGGAGGAGAGACGUCAGGGUACCGCUUACCUUUUAUCCAUCUGAGGCACGUCGAUACCACGAGAAGCUCAGCUUCAUCCUGAACAGCUGCGUCACAAGACAGGUGGAGGUUCUGGGGCAGGGCACUGAGAUGAAGCUGGAAGUGGAGGAUCCUCGCCAGAAGAAGGUGAAACUGGGAUCUCUGACUUUGGGUCAGAAGGUGACAAAGCAAGUGGUUCUAGUCAAUCGCAGCAGUUUGGACCUCUCAUUCACCCUGACGCUUAAUGCAAAUACACCUCUGGAUCCAAAGGAUCUGUCCGUGAGACCAGCAGGCGAGCUGAAGCUCAAAUCUGCCGGCGGCUCCUGUCAGGUGGAGAUUCAGUUCUCGCCUCGUCGGCACGUUCCUGCCUUCAGCGCUGAACUGCAGGCGGAGUUUGCAGGCUUCUUCCACCCCCUGCUGACCGUCCAAGGCUGCUGCCUGGGUGUGGAGGUUAUGCUGGACCCGAACCACCUGUCCUUUGGAGCUGUGGUCCAGCGCUGCCAGGCCAGCAGACGGAUCAUUAUGGUGAACAUUGGUGACAUUGGCGCCAGGUUCCACUGGAAGACUGAGAAUUUCCCCGCAGAGCUGUCCAUCACACCAGCAAAAGGAUAUAUCUGUCCGGGGAUGGAGGUUCCCUUUGAAGUGACUUUCGCUCCAGUUGAGCUCAGUAAUGACAGGAGAUAUGAGGGCCUGUCUUGCUCUCUGGAGGGCUCCCCCCCACCCGUUCUGCUCACUGUCACAGGCUCCUGCAUUGCAGCCUCCACAACACAGGAGGUGGUGAAUUUUUUUUGCCCGGUGCGCAGCUCUCAAACCCAGAGCCUGUCUGUGAUCAAUCCCACCAAUCAGCGCUGCUGCAUCAGGCCGCUCAUUGAGGGAGAACAGUGGAGAGCUGCGCCCAUCGUGACCUUUGAACCCCACCAGAACAAGGCUGUUGAUAUCACAUACCGUCCUCUCACCAUGACCACUGAAGGAAAGAAACAUCUGGGAUCGGUUUUCCUCUCUUUUCCUGAGGGGAGAGGCAUGCUGUACUCCCUGCAUGGAACUGCUGAUCCCCCCAAAGCUGAGGACAACAUUUCGAUCGAGCUGCCAGCCAAAUCGCUCCAAUCACAGCUGCUUACUGUGAGCAACUGGCUCUCAAAGCAGCAACGGUUCCACGUGCUGAUGGAGACGCUGAAACCUGAGAAACCCGAUGCUACAGUGUCACUCAGGGGUCUCAAGUACAUGGAUGUGCCCGCUCACGCCAACAGGGACUACAAUCUGUCCUUCUCUGCAUACAAAGAGGGGCAUUACAGCACCAAGGUGACAUUUAGUAACGAGAAAACGGGUGAGUACUUGUUCUACCUUGUUACCUUCAAAGUCACGCCUCCUGGGAUCCUGUCCACCAUCACUCUGGAGACGACCGUUCGGCGGACGGUCUCAGCCAGCAUACAGGUGGAGAACCCGCUGACCACGCCGACCUGCCUCAGCACCGAGUGCAAAUGCCCCGACAUCAGCGCCCCCCCCCAGCACACGGUGCCAGGACUGUCCCAGGGUGUUUUGAGUUUUGAGUACCAUCCUCUACACGAAGGCGAGUCCACAGCCAGGCUGUCUCUGCUCAGUAAUGAUCUGGGCUACUUCCACCACGACCUGAUUCUCAAAGCUCUGCCCCCACCGCCAGAGAAAACCGUCCACUUUAGCGCUCCACUGGGCUGCAGCCAUGCCGUCCCUGUUAAAUUCACCAACUACUCCCGCUUCAAGACCGAGUACUCCUGUAAGGUAAGAAAACUCAUGCCUGUCGAUUUCAUCGUGGACGAAAGCGUUGGGGCCUCUCCAGGUUUCCAGCUUGGCUCGGAGGCCAGGGUGGAGGUUUGCUUUGAGCCUCAUCAGCUGGGGGAAGUGAAAGCCCAGCUCAGGCUGUACUCUGGAAUUGGGGGCGAGUACAUCUUCCCCUUGCACGGGGUGUGCCUACCCCCGAAAGCGCAGGGCCCCUUCAGCAUCAGGGCAGGUCGCAGCAUCAAUAUCCCCUUCAAGAAUGUGUUCCUGCAGACCACCAGUUUCUCCUUCCAGGUUGACAACCCUUGCUUCGCUGUCAAAGGAGUGGAAAGCAUCGGCCCCAAAAAAACCCAAAACAUCUCGGUGUGUUUUGAGGCUCCUCCAGGGGGGGGUUCAGGGCCAUGCUUUGGCAAACUGACCGUAACCAGCCAGCGCUCAGAGGGGAGCGGCAAAGUCACCACAUGGGUCUUUUACCUGAAGGGCCACCGGCCUGAGUCUUCAUAG